AUGUCUCAACAAGAGAACCUUGAAGAAAUCAUUUUACCAAGUUCCCUACCGUUUAUUAAAUCUAUCAACCAACCCUUGAAAAAAUACUUGAAUGAAGAGGAAACCCUGCGAUCAGCAAGUCAAAUUCUCUCAUUGAUCAACUUUUCGGAAUGUGCAAACCAAACUCUCCAACAAGAGGAUGUUGAGAGUAUUUGUGCUCUAUUGGAUAUUAUUAAAAACAUUUUGGAUGUAACUGGAAAGGAUAUGGUUGCUAACAAAUUACUAACUUCAAAUACUAUUUCGGAAUUGAUUUCCACUAUGUUUAAAUUUCUAAUUGACAUUCAUUACACAACAGUUUUAGAGGAGAGUGUUCUGAGUGCUUUAUUAGAAAGCCAAGAGUUUUUAUUAUCAAACUUUCCAUCUACUUUUGAGAAUUUCAUUGGUGACAUUACCAAUGUUAUUCCUCAACUUUGCCAAAUUUAUUUAUCAUUCUUUCCAAAUAAUGGAUCUAAAGAAUGCCUCACUGAAACAGCAUCUAUCAUGUUCUUACCUAAUAUCUGCAAAUUUACUGUUCUUCACAUUCAUUCAGCAGAUCAAUGUAUAGUUAUUCAAAAAUAUGCCACUAAUAUUUUAAAAACCCUAGUCGGUAGACACCCAAUUAUUGCUCAACACCGAAAUGUUUUCAAUAAUAUUUGUAACCAAAUUAGAUAUUCGAGUAAUGAAAUCAAAUUACUUUCUAUGGAAAUAGUAACACUGAUUUCUUCCACACAAUCAUUUGAUCCAACAAUUCACAAAAAUCUUAUCAAUUUAAUUAUCACCUUAUUGAAUGGUUAUUAUGGGAUGUUUCCAUCGUAUAGAACAUUGGAGUUUGAUGAUUUAUUUGCUGAUUUGUUAAAUUCUACAAUGGACGAAAUGAUUUUAAUCCUUUCCUAUUUUGGGAUUGAAAGGAUAGAAAUGAUUAACACUAUUACUAGUUAUUUAUACUGGAAUAUUAGCAAUUCUAAAAGUGAAAAAUUUAAAAAACAAAUCAUUAACAUACUAUGUGUAUUCAUCGAUAAGUACAGUAUGACAGACUUGGAAUUAGUUCUAAAAGGUAUUGAAGCUAUCAAAGAAUGUUUUCAAAAUCACAUUUUCCCAAAUAAUGAGGAUUUUAUUGAUCUAAUUAAGAAAUAUCUGUCAAUUCACUACUCUUCGAACGCAACCAAAAGAAAAGAGUCUCAAACAGAUUCUCAAGGCAGUAAGAGAAGAAAAAUAGAAGAGGGAGAUUUUAAUGAGGAUAUUAAUUCGAGUUUUAAUUCAGCUGAAUUCCCUUCACAUGAAUUUGGUAACAAUUUUUAUCUUAUCGAUUCAGAGUAUGGACAAAUACUUUUUGAAACAUUACAAAAAUAUGUAUCAAAAUGCUCUGAAAACGAUGCUGAUAUGACAGAAAUGUAUAUUUUAUUAAUGGCCCUUUGUCCUUUUGGGCCAGUAAAGGAUAGUUUGGCUCUUAUUGACCUCAUUCACUCAUUGAUUGAUUAUACCAAAAAUUGUACUGAAGUAAGUUCUCAUUAG